AUGCAUUUUCUUCUCCUCGGCGCUACGGGCCGGACUGGCAAGCACGUCGUGUCUGAAUUGUUGUCUCAGGGCCAUACAGCCGUGGCACUCGUCCGUACCGAGGGAAGCCUCACCCCUUACCCUGGCCUUACCAUCGUUACUGGCUCGCCCCUAUCAAAGCCGGACAUAAAAUCAGCUCUCUCUGCGGCACCUUCGCUGACGCCCUCCGCGGCCAUCAUCACGCUGAACACCGUUCGCGAAUCCGACAGCCCCUUCGCGCCUCAGUCAUCACCCCCUCGCUUCCUGGCCGACUCAUGCUCUAAUGCGUGCCAAGUUCUAGACCAGGCUGGCGUUCGUCGUAUCGUCGUUAUGUCGACGGCCGGCGUUGGGGAUUCUUGGGGCCCACUACCGUGGCUUUCCAAGGCCUUCAUGGGGUGGACCAACAUCAAGUACGCUCUCGAGGACCACGGCCUCGUAGACAAAGAGAUUCGUUCCACAAACAUGGACUGGACUCUCGUGAGAGCCGUAAGGCUCGAGUUCGAUGAUCCAAAGAAGGCGAAGCAGGCUGAAGUCAAGGAUGUGAAGACUCUAGGCAGCAGCGGCGUUGGAAUGCGCAUGUCCGACAGCGUCAGUGUUUCUAGUGCAGCCAGGUUCCUGGUCAAGGUUGCAACCGAGGGACUCUUCAUCAAAGAAGCCGUAGUGAUAAGGAAUUGA